GACAGCGGAAGUUUCACGAUCGAGACCUAUCGGAGUUCGAAAAGCCGCACGAACGGGCUCCUCUAUAGCCAGUUUUACUCUAGCAUCAAGGAGAUAUUCGCUGCUGGGAACGCCUAUCCCUUUACCAACACAGCCAUAGAGACACUAGCACUCGACCCUAAGUUACGCAAGACAUGGCAACACGUUGGAGCGGGCCUCAGCCAUGAUCCUGUCGCGUUAGUCCGGGCUUAUCUUUAUACCAAACUCCGCUGUCACUAUGCUCUA